GGCGAUAGCAAAGGAGAUGGCUCAUGUGAUGAAGCCUUAGGAAUAAAAGAGAUCGUAGACGACUCCCAGAUCAAGCGCGGGAGCGAUUACGAUUGUGUCCUUUCGGAGCAAGGGUGCGCUGUUUGGAAAUUUGAAGUCGCACACCAUAACCUUUGACGCGAAAGUAGUGCCAGUCGCGAAGAUGGGUCGGUUUUCGUUGGCCUUGGCCGUUGCCAGCUUGGUCGUCCUGGCUUGCGCCCUCCAUGUCGCAGAUGCCAAGAAGCCAUGUGCCUGUGCCCCUGGGACGAAGCGCUGCUGUAAGGACGGUCCCUGCCUCAAGUGCUGCAAGGAUUGUGAUUGCGGCCCCGGGAAGAAGUGCGUCAAGGGAGAGUGCAAGCCGUCGUGCGGCUGCCCGGCUGGACUGAAGCGAUGCUGUAAGGACGGUCCCUGCGUGAAGUGCUGCAAGGACUGCGAUUGCCCCAAGGGGCACAAGUGCGUCAAGGGACAGUGCAAGUCCCCUUGCGGCUGCCCGGCUGGUCUGAAGCGCUGCUGCAAGGACGGUCCCUGCGUCAAGUGCUGCAAGGAUUGCGAUUGUCCCAAGGGGCACAAUCGUGACGAAGUAGAACUAGGCUCACCACCAAAAGCCGAGCCGCUGAAGUUCGGGCUGCCAACACCGGGAGUUGUGGAAAAGGCGUAGUGCACAGAGCGACGGCAGUGUGCUCUUGGCUUCCCUCGCAGUCAUGGGUGACCCUCUAUGAGGCCUUGACACGGCUGUCCGGAAUUGAUUGGUGAAGAGAGGAGACCGAACCUGUUCCUAUUUUCAGAUCGUUGUCCUUCGCCCCAGCAGAUCAGGCCGGAUCUGCUUUAUUGUUUUGCUAUCUUAAUAAUAACAAUGAAAGCAUUUUCUCAUU